AUGUUCCAGCCAGCAGCUAAGCGGUGCUUCACCAUCGAGUCGCUGGUGGCGAAGGACAAUCACUUGGCUUCAGAGGAUCCCAUCCGACCUACAGCCCUCAACUACCCCAACCCUUCCGCGGCCGAGGCGUUUGUUAAUGGCUUUCACAGCGCGGCAGCCGGCAGGUCCCUGUACAGCAGCCCGGAGCUGGUCUUCCCAGAGGCCGUGAGCCACCCGUCCUUGAGCGUCCACCCGCACCAGCUGGGCGCGUCCCAGCUCCAGCACCCGCACUCCUUCUUCGCCCCCCAGCACAGAGACCCCCUCAACUUCUACCCCUGGGUGCUGAGGAACAGGUUCUUCGGGCACCGCUUUCAAGGGAGCGAGGUGUCUCAGGAGGGUUUGCUACUGCACGGGCCCUUUGCCAGGAAGCCCAAGCGGAUCCGCACGGCCUUCUCCCCGUCCCAGCUCCUGCGGCUCGAGAGGGCCUUCGAGAAGAACCACUACGUGGUGGGGGCUGAGCGCAAACAGCUGGCCAGCAGCCUCAGCCUCUCCGAGACCCAGGUGAAAGUGUGGUUCCAAAACAGAAGGACGAAAUACAAGAGGCAGAAGCUGGAAGAGGAAGGCCCCGAAUCAGACCAGAAGAAGAAAGGUUCCCAUCACAUCAAUAGAUGGCGGAUUGCCACCAAACAGUCCAACGGGGAAGACAUUGAUGUCACGUCUAAUGACUAG